AAGUGUUCGACGUAAUGACUGAAUGAGAUAGGGAGUAUUUUGGAUAGCGAACAAAAGACCAAUGAAACGUUAUCACAAACUUUUAUUCAUUCGUACUGUACUCCUCUGUCCUCAUUAUAGAAUUGCUACCCAAUACAUAAUUCGUAAUGCCGUUGAACAGUGAAAUGGCAUAUAUUAUAUAUUUAUUUAUUUAUCAAACUCGAGACCUUUGGAUUAAUGAUUUUUCAGGCAAGAAUUUAUUCCAGUAGCAGAUUCUGAAUUUCUGAGCCGCUUCCUUUUUUAUUGAUAGUCUUCUUUCUGUUUUUUUCUCUUUAUUCCUCAGACUAGAUUCACGACUGCAUCAGCUAAAAUCCCAAUGGAAAAGCUGCCUGAGGUAAACGAAAAGGAGUUCAUGAGGAUGGCUAUGUUAAAGCAUGAAGAAACAUUCAAACAACAGGUACAUGAACUUCAUCGGCUUUAUCGAACCCAAAAGACAUUGAUGAAAAACAUGGAGAAAAGCAGGCAAAGUGGAUGGAAUCCAGAGAGUUGGGAUAAAAGGAAUGAGAUAUGUUUCCGACAAAUUUAUGAACAGGAUGCAAAAACUUACUAUAGAUCAUCAACAACUCAUUCGGUCAAAAUAGAUUUGGAACAGCCUGCUGAAGAUGAUCAAACAGAAUCCAGCAGUGGAGCUCUGCAGACCAUAAACGAGAACGAACUGGAACUUACUUUAGGGCCUUCGAGUUACAAUACUUCAGAUUCAGGAGUAACCCACUCUUCUUCUUCAACAGGGUCCAGCCAUGAGGGAAGACGUAGGGAUUCAAAGCAAGUACUUAAGGGUCAGGAAAUGGAGGUGUUGGGAGUGAUUGAAAAUUCUUCAGGCUACCAAAAUGGAAGUCAUAGGGGUGAGAAGAAGAUGAUGCUGGAUUACCCUCCUUGGCUUUUUCAAGUUGUGAGCCCUAACAUGACUUAAUUUUCAAGGGAAAAAAAAUAUUAUUUGAAUGAAAUUAUAUGAGAAGAUCUUUGAUUGCUUCUCAUUGACUAAUCAACAGGGGAAAUCGAUGUUUAGUUGUUUUCAAGUUUCUUCUUCAUCUCUUGCUGUAUAUGGAGACGUUGAUGUGUAUAUACUUUUGUAUUUCUAGCUAUGAUUAAUGUGAAUGGAGAAAUUGAACCCCUAAA